CUUUUUUUUUUUUUAAAAAAAACCCUAAUCUUUUCUCUCUAUCUCUCUCUCCGCCAUCAACGGCGGCGCUUUCGCGCGUGUUCCUCAUGCGCCGCCAUUCUCUUUCUUUCUUUCUCUUAUUCCCCUGUUCUUGAAAACCUCAGUCGUCGUCACCUUCCCUUUAAAAAGUCCAAAUCUCCAUACCCAUUUUCUUCAACCUUCUUCUUCUUCUUCUUCUUUGAAUCUUUAUUUCUCUCUCUCUCUCUCUCUCUCUCUCUCUUCCGAUGAAAUUAAAUCCAUAGAGUUAGAGAGAGAAAGAGGCUCUGUUUCUUGGGGUCUGGUUCUGUUGCUCUGUUUUCCCCUGUUUCUCGAACUUUCCAAUGGCGGUGAGCAAUUUUUCAUUCAAAUCAGGUAGGCUAAAUCUCUAUAAAAUAACUUUGGUCACGAUCCUUUGUGCCGUCUUUUACCUUGUUGGCGUUUGGCAACAAUCCGUCGGAAAAUCCCUCAUCUUCGCCGGCGGAAAUUACGCAUGUACAACAUCCACCGCUGCGGCCACCUUCGAAAAUUCCACUGCUACCAGCGUCAUCGACCUUGAUUUCGCCGCCCAUCAUACCGCCGCCGACCUCCCUGUUGUCCAGAAGGCGCGUCGCCCUAACUUCCCGCCGUGCGACUCGAAGCUUUAUGAAUACACUCCCUGCGAAGACCGAGACAGGUCGCUCAAAUUCGACAGGGACAGAUUGAUUUACAGAGAGAGGCACUGCCCGGAGGCCGGCGAGAUUUUGAAGUGCCGGGUUCCGGCGCCACCCGGUUACAAGGUGCCGUUCCGAUGGCCGGAGAGUCGGGAUUUCGCAUGGUUUUCGAAUGUUCCGCAUAAGGAAUUGACAGUGGAGAAGAAGAAUCAGAAUUGGGUCCGGUUCGAGAAUGACCGGUUCAGAUUUCCCGGUGGCGGUACUAUGUUUCCUCGUGGCGCCGAUGCCUAUAUCGACGAUAUCGGAAAAUUGAUCAAUCUUGCCGACGGAUCCAUUAGAACCGCCGUUGACACCGGCUGUGGGGUGGCAAGUUGGGGCGCAUACUUAUUGUCAAGGAAUAUAGUGACAAUGUCAUUUGCACCUAGAGACACUCAUGAAGCACAAGUUCAAUUUGCACUUGAGCGCGGAGUUCCGGCUUUGAUCGGUGUUCUUGCUUCCAUCAGACUCCCCUAUCCGUCUCGAGCCUUUGACAUGGCGCAUUGCUCUCGUUGUCUCAUUCCCUGGGCUCAAUCAGAUGGGAUGUACUUGAUCGAAGUCGAUAGAAUUCUAAGGCCUGGUGGCUAUUGGGUUCUUUCUGGGCCACCGAUAAACUGGGAAAAUCACUGGAAAGGUUGGAACAGAACAACCGGGGAUCUCCAAGCCGAGCAGUCGAAAAUCGAGGCUGUGGCUAAAAGUCUUUGCUGGAAAAAGUUGAAGCAGAAGGAUGAUAUUGCAAUUUGGCAAAAACCAACCAACCAUAUUCACUGUAAAAAGAAUCGCAAAGUGUUCAAAUUCCCCAACUUUUGCCAGGAACAGGACCCGGAUAGCGCAUGGUACACUAAAAUGGAGCCUUGUCUGACCCCACUUCCUGAAGUGUCUGAUGUAAAAGAAACAGCUGGUGGGCAGCUGCUCAAUUGGCCAGAGAGACUGACAUCUGUUCCACCAAGAAUUAACAGUGGCAGUUUAAAGCAAAUCACACCACAAAACUUCACUGAAAACACAGAGUUAUGGAGAAAGAGAGUAGCACAUUACAAGGCCUUGGACGGCCAGCUUGCUGAGCCCGGGAGGUACCGCAAUUUGCUUGACAUGAACUCGUUCUUGGGUGGUUUUGCAGCUGCCCUCGUUGAUGAUCCUCUGUGGGUCAUGAAUAUCGUCCCUGUCGAAGCAGAUUUUAACACCCUUGGAGUCAUUUACGAAAGAGGACUUAUCGGAACAUAUCAAAAUUGGUGUGAGGCAAUGUCAACUUAUCCUCGAACGUACGACUUCAUACAUGGUGAUUCGGUCUUCAGUAUGUACAAGGACAGAUGUGAAAUGGAGGAUAUUCUGCUGGAAAUGGACAGGAUUCUGCGGCCACAAGGCAGCGUGAUCCUGAGAGAUGAUGUGGAUGUGUUGGUGGAAGUCAAGAGCAUUGCUGAGGCUAUGCAAUGGGAAUGUCGAAUCGCAGACCAUGAGAAAGGACCCCAUCAGAGAGAAAAGAUAUUGGUGGCAACCAAGCAGUAUUGGACAGCAUCUGCAACUGAAGAAGAAAAUCAAGAAAAGCAAACAUCUUCUCAGAGUUAGCAGUGUCCCAAUGUUCGAUUCAAAAUUCUGUUCCUUUUUUCCUUUCUAAUCUUUGGGGUCAAUAACUCUUGAUCAUAAAUUCAUUUUUUUGUUUUUCAAUACCCAUUUUUUGUGAAGGGGCUCUCGAAGGUUGUAUCACAGUAUCAAAUUAUUUUAAAAGAGAAAAACUAUUGAGGUACCAAA